AUGCUGGAACUGUGGGUGCGGAGGCGCUGCAAGGCGCUUUUCGGUGCCUGCGCCUUCACGACGUUCAUCCUCCUCUGCGUCAAAUACAUCUACCUCAACGAAGUCGAAAUGUCGGCGGGUCGGGCUCGGCUCCUAGACCUCCCGCUCGCUCCCGUUGCGCGAUCGAGCGCGCUCGACGGCAACAUGAUCUCGUACGAUCAAAUGCAGGAUCCGAACGGAUCCUCAGCUCAAUCGGACUGGCCGCAGAACGACGUUGUCCAUUUCGACAUGACGCGGCGCAGCGACGUCAUGGUAUUUCUUCAUAUCCAGAAAACUGGCGGCACCGUUUUCGAGCGGCAUUUGAUUAAAGAUCUCGACAUAGAGCACCCCUGUGUGCCUGAGCCUGGAAGGAAAAGGUACAAAUGUCACCGCUUAUCAUCGAAAAAAGAAGGAAGUUGGAUUUUUUCACGUUACUCCUCUGGUUGGCAUUGUGGUCUUCACGCCGACUGGACGGAGCUGACCAACUGUGUAGACGGCGUCAUUGACCGCGUAGAAGGGACCUUCAAAAGACGUUAUUUCUACGUGACACUGCUCAGGGAACCCCGGUACCGAUUCCUCUCAGAGUUCAGGCACGUACAGCGGGGAGCCACUUGGAAGACGUCCAGGCACAUAUGCAAUGGUCGAUCUCCGACGUCGGACGAGCUCCCGCCGUGCUACAGCACUCCAGAUUGGAUGGAUGUCACCUUUGGAGAGUUUGUGACCUGUCGGAGUAAUUUAGCCGUUAAUAGAAUGACGAGAAUGUUGGCCGACCUCACCUUGGUCGGCUGUUACAACGAGUCUGCCAUGCCACGUGCUCAGAGAGACGCCCUUAUGCUGGCGUCCGCUAAAAGCAAUCUUCGGAAACUGGCCUUCUUUGCCUUAUGCGAGUAUCAGAAAAUAUCGCAAUACCUCUUCGAGAGAACAUUCGGUUUGCGUUUCAAGCAGGCGUUCGUUCAGUACAAUUAUACUCGUAGUUCUGUGGCCGUUUCCGAAGUGAGUAGUGCCGAUCUUGAGAAGAUCGAUAAUCUGAAUCAUUUGGACAUCGAGCUGUACGCGUUCGCCAAAGCGCUGCUCAUGGAAAGGUUCGAGAGAGCGAAACGCAACGAUCCCGACUUCGAAGAGAACUUCAAUCGGGUCAUGAACGAGGUCGGCCAUGAUUAAUUAGUUAGCCGUGAUGGCCUGUGUGUGGAAGCCG